AUGGCAUUCUUUCAACAGCAAGCGAGACGUGUUGCAUGGUGUUCCGAGGGGGGAGAGGCUGCGUCGACACAUUCCAUCAAGCGACUAUCGCGAUCAUCUCCAGUGUCAUUGUUCAUUGAAGCCAUAGAACAGGACGGCUGUGUGAUCGUCACCGACUAUUCUGACCGGACUACCGUUGAACAGGCCAACGAGGAAGUCCGGCCGUGGUUGGAGAAGCAGGGUGAAGGUGCCGUGGUCGGGGCACUCCAGGGCCAGACCAGGACAGUUACCAGACUCAUAGGAAAGAGCGAAACCGUACGAGAAAAGUUCUACGCCGACCCACUGUAUCAGGAUCUGUGUGAGCACUUCUUGGCCCUCGAAACUACCCAUUAUUAUGGAGACAAGCCGUCGACCACGACAAGUCAUCCUCUCCUCUCAAUCGCGAUCACAUUCGAUAUCCCUCCUGGAACACCAGCUCAAGGGUUACACAGAGACGACAAGAAUCAUCAUGCUCGCCACGCUGCAGUCCAGUCCUACGAGCGUAGGCGAGAUGUUUUGCUGGGACUAUUUGUACCUGGCUGUAACACGACCAAGGCCAAUGGAGCUACACGAGUAGUACCUGGAAGCCACCUUUGGGGAGACAAAGCUCCCGAUUUUGGCCCGGAUGGUAACCAUGGGGUCUUGGACGCAGAGCUAGAAGUAGGAGAGGCUUUUAUCAUGCUCGGCAGUCUUUAUCACGGCGGAGGGGCAUAUGAAAAGGCACUGGGGACAGCUAAGCAAGGCAGCCGCGAGAGCAGGACUGUGCAUGCAAUGUUUUCAUGCACCGGCGUUUCUCGACAGGAGGAAAUCUCUUUCUUGUCCUACCCGAUUGAGGAGGUCAAAAAAUACUCUCCCAUCGUCCAAGAGAGACUAGGCUGGAAACAAAGUGAGCCAAAUCUUGGCUGGGUGGAUCUGAAAAGCCCGGAAUUCCUUCUCGAAACAUGA